AUGUACCGGGCCCGGGCGGCGCGGGCGGGGCCGGAGCCCGGCAGCCCGGGGCGCUUUGGGAUCCUCAGCACCGGGCAGCUCCGGGACCUGCUUCAGGAUGAACCCAAGCUGGACCGGAUCGUGCGGCUCAGCAGGAAGUUCCAGGGCCUGCAGCUGGAGCGCGAGGCGUGCCUGGCCUCCAACUACGCACUAGCCAAGGAGAACCUGGCGUUGCGGCCCCGCCUCGAGAUGGGCCGGGCAGCCCUGGCCAUCAAGUACCAGGAACUUCGAGAGGUGGCCGAGAGCUGUGCGGACAAGCUGCAGCGACUGGAGGAGAGCAUGCAUCGCUGGAGCCCCCACUGUGCACUGGGCUGGCUGCAGGCUGAGCUGGAAGAGGCUGAGCAGGAGGCUGAGGAGCACAUGGAGCAGCUGCUGCUGGGGGAGCAGAGCCUGGAGGCGUUCUUGCCCGCUUUCCAGCGAGGCCGUGCCCUGGCCCACCUGAGGCGGACCCAGGCUGAGAAGCUGCAGGAGCUGCUGCGGCGCCGGGAGCGGUCUGCCCAGCCAGCACCCACUGCUGCUGCGGAUCCCCCCAAGCCUCUGCCCCCUGCAGCUGUCCUGCCCACCGGGGCCGGCCGGGGGCCACCAGCAGUGCCCCGAAGCCUGCCCCCCUUGGACUCCCGCCCAGUGCCCCCGCUGAAGGGCUCCCCCGGGUGCCCCCUUGGCCCAGCACCUCUGCUGAGCCCCCGGCCCUCGCAGCCAGAGCCCCCUCACCGGUAG